AUGGCGGACAAAUACUCCAUUGGAACUCGUUCCGAGAGUGAGCGCCUAGUACGCGAGUGGGGUUUCCAACAUGUCUUUACUUGGUCGGAUGGGAGUAAUGCAUACUACUCUCCUCACACCCAUGGAGGUUUGACUACCCAUCUCAUCCGUCGUGGUUCAAUGACGGUGACCUAUCCGGAAGACAACGUCAAUGGCCAACAGGUGAGAGAGACCUUUGGUGUUGGCGCGCGAGUAGAUGUACCUGCAGGAAAGGUUCAUGAAGUGUGGAUUGGGGAUGAGGGGUGUGAAUAUGUGAUUGGAGAAUAA